CUGGGAACUGAUUCAAGUACGACCCAGGAGGAGUUGAAAAGAAAGGAAAAAAACUAUAUUUUGAAGGCUGUUUUCUUUUUGGAUUUGCGGCCUCAAGGGGAGAUAAUAUUUGUGAGAGCCCCAGUCCUCCUUCCUGUGACACCUCAUCAUGGUGGACCUGUUCGUUGACCGGGUCCUGGUGAAAAACAACAAGGACCAGGAUGAGCUGGACACAGAACGAGAGAUCGUCAUGCGCCUGCAGAACCGCAUCCUGAUGCUCUUCUUUGCAUCUGCUGCAUGUGAGAGCUGCCAGCAGUUUGCUCCCACGCUCGCCGACUUCUUCAAAAGAUUGACAGAUGAAUUUUAUGUGGACCGCGCUGCUCAGCUCGUUCUCCUGUACAUUAGUUUGGACCAGUCAGAGGAACAGCAAGAAAGCUUCCUCAAAGAGCUGCCCAAGAAGUGCCUGUUCCUGGCCUAUGAGGACCCCUACAGGAGGUGUGUGGGUUUGGCCAUUUAGUUGUGUGCACAACCUGCUGGUGGAUGAUUGAAGUGUAAAUA